AUGUCGUUUUCCCGGUCACCAUCUCCCCACCCGCCGGGGGUAGGAGGAUGGUCCAGCCCCGGAUUUACACACGGCAGUGGCACAUCCACGCCUCACAGUGGCUUGCUCUCCCCGACUGCCCUGGGGCCGAGUGGGAUCUCAUGGGCUGUCGCCAAAGCCAAGAGCGACGAGGUGCGAGGCUAUCCAUCCUUCGCAACCAAGAACAACGGAUUCUUCUCGCGGUCGAGGCGCCAGUUGUCUGCGACGCUGCCGCGCUUUCGCCUUGGGUCUGGAUCCCCGAAUGGCUAUGUUGAUAAAGACGAAUUCGGGCGCGGGUACUCGUUUACUUCGAAGGACGGCUGGCGCUCCUGGGGAUUUGGCAGGGCGGUGUUUCGACGUAGGCGCUUGCGGCUGUUACUGGUUCUGGUCGCUCUCGCGCUCGGAUAUGUCUUUCUGUGGACACGGAUCAUCGAGGCCUACCGACGGUCGUCAUUGGGUGGUGGGCGCAAGUUCGUCAUCAUCCUGGAGUCGAAUAUCGAAGGGGGAGUGAUGGAGUGGAAGGGCGCGCGGGAAUGGGCGAUCGAACGCAACAGCAUCGGAAACAAGGAUCACUACGCCAAGCAUUGGGGGUACGAGCUAGAGACGGUCAACAUGCUGGCCAAGAAGCGCUACUCACAUGAAUGGCGCGAAAAUUGGGAGAAGGUUGACAUCAUUCGGGAAGCCAUGCGCAAAUACCCCGAUGCGGAGUGGUUCUGGUGGUUAGACCUGAACACCUGGAUCAUGGAGUACUCGUACUCCCUACAGGACCAUAUAUUCCACCGGCUUGGCGAAAUUGCUUAUCGCGAUAUCAACGUCUAUAACCCACUCGGCAUCAGUCACCCUCUCAACGAUCCUUACUUGGACAAAGUUUCUCUCUCGCCCAGCGGGGAUAACGAUACGUCCUCGAUCAAUUUCCUUCUCUCGCAAGACUGCGGCGGGUUCAACCUCGGGUCCUUCUUCAUUCGACGAUCCCUGUGGGCCGAUCGACUGCUGGACGCCUGGUGGGACCCCGUGAUGUACGAACAGAAGCAUAUGGAGUGGGAGCACAAGGAGCAAGAUGCGCUGGAGUAUCUCUACACCAACCAGCCGUGGGUCCGCAGCGGGGUGGGCUUCCUUCCCCAGCGGCACAUCAACUCCUUCCCUCCUGGCGCCUGCGGCGACGGGGGUGAUCGGAACGUCCAUUACGACGAGGGAGAUUUCUUGGUCAACAUGGCAGGCUGUAAUUUUGGUCGGGACUGCUGGGGUGAAAUGUACCAGUAUCGCGAGUACAGCAAACAGUUGAAUCGCCCACCGUGGGAGCGGGUCAAGGAACGGCUGAACGAGCUCCGCGACAAGCUCUUUCCUCGCGUAGAAGAGGAGACGCAAUGA